AUGACGGACAUGGAGCACCCGUUCCCUGUUCACCAUUCCAUCGCGGCACUACCGCCUGACUCCAGAAUCAGGCAGAUAUACCCCGACGAUCUCUUCCCCAAUGGCGGAUAUGUCCAGCUGCCGUAUGGCCGUACGCGGUAUUGGCUGCUUGGUCCUGAAGACGGCGUGAAAGUUGUCCUGAUUCACGGACUCUCGACUCCGGGCGUAACCUGGACGCGUUACGGCCCUUACCUCGCCGAGCGCGGCUUCAGGGUCCUAGUCUAUGACCUCUACGGCAAAGGCUACAGCGACGCGCCGAAGACGGCGUACAUUGCCAACAUCUUUGUGACGCAGCUUGCGCUCCUCCUGCAGUAUCUGAAGUGGGAGCACGCCCACAUCGCUGGAUUCUCGAUGGGAGGCGGCAUCACCGCGGCCUUCGCCGCGACGCUGCCGCACCUUGUGUCGGGCAAGAUCGUGCUCAUGGCUUCUGCAGGAGUACACGAGCAAGGAGACCCACCCCCGGAACCGCCCAAGGGGCCGGAUGGGAAGCCUUCCCCAGUCAGUAGCCCUAUUCCCCAGUACCAGGAGCUUAUCAAGCUCCAACAUGAACUACUCCCCGGCUAUGCAGAAGGUGUAUACUCUUGUCUGCACGGCGGUCCCAUCCACGGGCUCCUCUGGGCCUUCGACAAGAUCGCGCACACCGACGCAGCGAAUGGGAAACAGAUGGAGGUGCUCAUCGUCCAUGGCACGCUCGACCCGCUGGUCGCAUAUGCAGACGCGCUGGUCAUCCAUAGGCGGAUCCCACACGCACAAUUGGUCACAAUUGAGGGUGCGGGACAUGACUUCCCGAUCCACGAGAAGUACUGGGAGGCGGGUGUCAAGAGCAUCGCGGCCUUUCUCAGUACGUGA